CAGGUUUUUCAAAUUUCGAAAUUCAAACACACAUUUGACCCCAAACGCGGCUUAGCAGUAUUUCAAGCUCAACCCUCGUCCUCAAUCUCCAACUUCAAUAAUUUUCUAUAUUUGUAGAAGAAAAAAAGGAAGGAGAAUCGGUUCUGUUUGUUUGUUUAAACAGAUUAUCUGAGUUUGGAUAAAGCAUGGGCGCUUCUGGAAAUUGGAUCAAAUCACUUAUCACUCUCAAGAAAUCUCACUCCAAACAUACCGCAGCGAAGGAGGGAGGGACAUGCAGGGUCUGGAAGCUAUGGAGGAGUGGAUCCGGCGGGCCUAGGCCUGGAAAAUCAGAGAAGUAUCAUGAAGAUUCGGAAGGAUCCAUUUCUUCGUUCGUGUCCGAUAGCGCUUUGGCCGCCGCCAUGGCGACUGUGGUUAGGGCUCCGCACAAGGAAUUCGUCUUGAUGAAGCAGGAAUGGGCUGCUAUUCGGAUCCAGACUGCAUUUCGCGGAUUUCUGGCGAAACGGGCACUGAGGGCGCUGAGAGGAGUGGUGAGGAUACAGGCUAUAUUUCGCGGUCGACAGGUGAGAAAGCAGGCUGCUGUGACAUUAAGGUGCAUGCAGGCUCUGGUUCGAGUUCAAGCACGAGUUAGAGCUCAAUCUUCUUCUCAGGCAAAUGAUGAUGAUCUCAUCAAACUAGCUCCUGAGAAUGGAUGGAGUAAUAGCCCAGGAACAGUAGAAGAGGAAAGGUGCAGAUUGAUGAAGAAGCAAGAAGGUGCCAUGAAGAGGGAGAGAGCCAUUGCUUAUGCUAAUUCUAAACUGCAAACAAGAAAGAAGCUGGUGAAUUCAACAAGGAUAAAGACAGCAGGGGAGAAGGAAGGAGACAAUAGCUGGCUUGAUCGUUGGGUCGCAACUAAGCCCUGGGAGUUUAGUAAGUCAGUGGGAGGAGACACCGACUCAUCAUCUGGUGGGGUGAUGACAACCACCCCUGGAGGAGUGGGAGGAGGACCCAAUCUUGAACAACACCCUAACAGCUCUUCUGUCAAAAUCAGGAGAAACAACAUGUCUACCAGGAUUUCAGCAGCAAAAGAAGCAACCCCAUCAUCCGAUCAGCUGUGUUCAUCGUCAUCGUCAUCCUGGCAUCAGUUGUAUAACAAUGACAGCACAAGUCAUUCGCCAAUGUCUUCAUCGCCCGAAGAAGAGGCGCUGCCACGUAACAACACACCAAACUACAUGACACUGACCGAGUCCAUUAAGGCAAAACAUAAUAAGCUGCAGCAGAGAAAAACAUAUAAUUCCUCUUCAUCUCAAUAUGGUGAUGAUAACAGCAGCAGCAUGCAGAGGCAUUCAUUACGGGAUUUUCAAUCCUAUCGGGGUAAAUCAAGCCCUCUUCGCCGCCAUGGGUCGUUGACAAUGAGAAGUGCUGGUGCAGAUAAUGUGAUGAAGAACUCCUGCAAGGAUCUCUAUCCUCCUCCUCCAAUGCAGCAGGUUGUGAGAUGACUGUGAUGAUGGUGAUUGAUGAAGAAAAAUAUAGGGAAGGAUCUUCAAAAGUAUUAAAUUGAAGUGUGAACUUUUUUGUUUACUGUUUUAAUGUGUUCCGUGUGAGGGAGGAGGUCUCAACAUCUUGUUGUGUUGUGUGUAGAAACAGUGAUGACAGGACAAAAAAUGACCAUACACAUAUAUGUAAUCAGUGGUGUUGUUAUUGUAA